UCCUCCUUUGCAGGCAAACCCAAAUGGAAGACACCCACUGGACUAGAGGAUCAUUCCAAUGUUUUUCAGCUCAAUGAUUCUGUGAAGAAUAAUCCAUACCCCUGAGGUUAUUGUCAAGCUAGUGUUGUUUACAUGAUGCGCUGGAGAUUUGAACCCCUGAAAGCCAAGUGUCUUUAUACUUGCUUUUCUGAUCUGGAAGCAGGUUGGUAAUGCCCUUUUAGUGGGUCUGUCAGUGCUCUUGAGCAAGGAGUCAUAUUACCACAAGAACUUUGUUGAAACAAAGAAGAAAUAUUGGACAAAUGGGGAACUAUAAAUCUAGACCAACCCAAACUUGCACUGAUGAGUGGAAGAAAAAAGUUAGUGAAUCAUAUGCUAUAAUCAUUGAAAGAAUACAAGAUGACCUGUUAAUCAAAGAAAAGGAAUUUACAGAACUGAAGCAUGUCUUCAGCUCUGAUGAAGCCUUCAGCAAAGUUAAUUUAAAUUACCGCACAGAAAAUGGACUGUCUCUUCUGCAUUUGUGUUGUAUUUGUAAUGGUAAUAAAUCACACAUUAGGACUCUUAUGCUGAAAGGCCUGCGUCCAUCCAGGUUAACAAGAAAUGGGUUUACAGCUCUGCAUUUAGCAGCUUACAAGGACAAUGCAGAACUUUUAACAGCCUUGUUGCACAGUGGAGCUGACAUUCAGCAAGUUGGCUAUGGAGCACUUACAGCUCUCCAUAUUGCUACAAUUGCUGGUCACCAUGAGGCUGUCGAUAUUCUUCUGCAACAUGGAGCAUAUGUCAAUGUUCAAGAUGCAGUUUUUUUCUCCCCUUUACAUAUUGCAGCGUACUAUGGCCAUGAACAGGUAACCCGACUCUUGCUGAAAUUUGGUGCUGAUGCGAACAUGAGUGGAGAAGUUGGAGACAGGCCCCUUCACUUGGCUUCAGCCAAAGGAUUUCUUAAUAUUGCAAAACUUUUGUUGGAGGAGGGCAGCAAGGCAGAUGUGAAUGCUCAAGACAAUGAAGACCAUGUUCCUCUACACUUCUGCUCUCGAUUUGGACAUCAUGAUAUUGUCAAGUUCUUGCUCCAAAGUAAUUUUGAAGUCCAGCCCCAUGUGGUUAAUAUUUAUGGAGACACACCUUUGCAUCUUGCUUGCUACAAUGGAAAGUUUGAAGUUGUAAAGGAAUUAAUUCAACUUUCAGGAACAGAAAGUCUCACCAAGGAAAAUAUAUUCAGUGAAACGGCCUUUCACAGUGCGUGUACCUAUGGCAAGAACAUAGAACUGGUCAAGUUUCUUCUUGAUCAGAAUGUGCUGAGUCUCAAUCACCAAGGAAGAGAUGGCCAUACAGGGUUGCAUUCUGCUUGCUAUCAUGGCCACAUCCGUCUUGUCCAAUUUUUACUGGACAAUGGAGCUGAUAUGAAUCUAGUAGCCUGUGAUCCCAGCAGAUCGAGUGGCGAGAAAGAUGAACAGACCUGCUUGAUGUGGGCCUAUGAGAAAGGACAUGAUGCUAUUGUCACACUUCUGAAGCAUUACAAAAGACCCCAAGAUGAGUCCCCUUGUAAUGAAUAUUCCCAACCUGGAGGAGAUGGAUCGUAUGUGUCAGUUCCAUCUCCUUUAGGGAAGAUUAAAAGCAUGACAAAAGAAAAGGCAGAUGUUCUCCUCCUCCGUGCUGGUUUGCCAUCCCAUUUUCACCUCCAGCUGUCUGAAAUCGAGUUCCAUGAAAUUAUUGGUUCAGGAUCGUUUGGAAAAGUAUAUAAGGGAAGAUGCAGAAAUAAAAUAGUGGCAAUAAAACGUUACCGAGCCAACACCUACUGCUCCAAAUCCGAUGUUGACAUGUUUUGCCGUGAAGUUUCCAUCCUGUGCCGACUCAAUCACCCCUGUGUCAUCCAAUUUGUUGGUGCUUGCCUGGAUGACCCAAGUCAGUUUGCAAUAGUUACACAAUAUAUAUCUGGAGGAUCUCUCUUCUCCCUGCUGCAUGAACAAAAAAGGAAUCUUGACUUGCAAUCAAAAUUAAUAAUUGCAGUAGAUGUAGCCAAAGGUAUGGAGUAUCUUCACAAUCUCACCCAGCCGAUUAUACAUCGUGACUUGAACAGUCACAAUAUCCUCCUGUAUGAAGAUGGCCAUGCUGUGGUUGCUGAUUUUGGAGAAUCCAGAUUUCUGCAGUCUCUGGAUGAAGACAAUAUGACAAAACAACCUGGGAACCUGCGCUGGAUGGCCCCUGAAGUAUUCACACAGUGUACUCGGUACACCAUAAAAGCGGAUGUUUUCAGCUAUGCUUUGUGUCUCUGGGAACUGUUAACAGGGGAAAUCCCAUUUGCUCACCUCAAACCAGCUGCCGCAGCAGCAGACAUGGCCUACCAUCACAUCAGACCUCCAAUAGGCUAUUCAAUUCCCAAACCCAUCUCAUCAUUGUUAAUGAGGGGCUGGAAUGCAUGUCCUGAGGGAAGACCUGAAUUUUCUGAAGUGGUCUCCAAAUUAGAAGAAUGUCUAUGCAAUAUUGAGCUGAUGUCACCAGCCUCUAGCAACAGCAGUGGUUCUCUUUCUCCUUCCUCCUCCUCGGAUUGCCUGGUUGCUCGAGGAUGCCCUGGCCGUAGCCACGUUGCUGCUUUACGAAGCCGCUUUGAGUUGGAAUACGCCUUGAAUUCAAGAGCUUAUGCUGUCUGGUCACAAAGCACUGGGCAACACCCUUCUCAAGGCCUUUCCCUGGAAGAGAUGAGAAGAAAUUUUCAGUACCCACCUAUUGACCGAAAUGGUUAUGUCUCGGAUCCCAUGAGUACAAUGCGAUUUCAUUCCUGCAGCAACAGUGGCAGCUUUGAAGACAGUGGCUGACAGCAGGAACAAUCUACCUGAAGAGCGAUUCUCCACAAACUGGCAGCAACAAUUCUUUCUGUGUCACUGCAGCUUCCAGUCAUCACAUGUUAUAUCAAAGAGCCCAACAUUGGCUUGCUUAUUUACUGAUAGCUAAUGCUUCUGCCAUAAAUUAUUCUUCAACCGUUUUCUUUCUGUGCCAGGAAUUUAAAGACGAUGUGGGGGGAAAUAAAUCAGCUAAAGUUUGGAGUUGUGCAGUUUGCCUUGGGGGAUAUACGACAUUCAUGGCAGGGAAAGCAAUCAAGGAUUCUGGAAUAUAUUUUCUUCAUUACGCAUGAAGUGGGGAAAGAAAGGUAAUUGUUACACUGUGGGAGGUCCCAGUUUUGGGGCUUCCCACAGUGUGACAAUUUCCCUACCAUUCUCCCCUCAAGUGUAAUGGACAAAAUAUAUUACUCAGGAUCACCUCCUCUCCCUCUCUUUCAGCUACAAGUCCUUGUUGGGGGCCAUGGGUAGUAGCCCUGACAUGCUUUGUGGUUAAUCUAGUGCUAUCCAUAUUUUCUAAAAAUAUCCAAAUAUCCUUGUCUUGAUGUAUGUUGAAGUACCCAAUUAAUGCAAUGAGAACAUCAGGUACAGAUUUGUCUCGAACUCCUUGGAGUCAUACUGGAAAUGCAGUGUAGUUUAAAGUUGCAUUAUUCAGUUUUAGCACUGAGAGGCCAAGACUUGUCUUUCUGUGGCCAUUCUGUUUAAAAGUGCCAGUUUAGCAAGUUAUUUUAAUCCUCUCCUGGAUGGUCAUUUGAGUUUUGCAUAACUCAACAUCAACAAAAUUGUGCAAAUUAGCAGUUUUUUCAUGACUCCCUUCUUACACAUGGGACAAGUGAGUGCAAAGGCUGGGGUGAGAAAGAUUUAAUCAGACUGCUAAUGACUUCUCUCUGGAUUGGGCCACACAUUAGCCUCUUCAUAAAGUUCUGCAUAUAUAGAAUCUAUCCCCUGCCUGCUGAUGCUAGUCUCCAGUAGAUGGGAGGAGGCAGCCAGACCAAAGCAGGCAAAACACUUGCAGCACUCUUACCUCUGCCUGAGCUUAGAGAUCACAGAAGUUGAUCCUAUGAUCUCCUCUGAGUUUCUUCCUCUGACACCACAUUGCCCCCAUGAGUGGGCCGCUCAAGUAAACGUGCAAAAAGAUAGGGAGAAGACAACACACAAACUGGCACUAUUUAUUUUUGGGAAACAACAGAAGAUCUUUUUUUAUUAUUGGGUCAAAUGCUUUGUAGCUUCUUUUUAAACAAGGUCGGUACCAGUGGUGGACAUCAUUGAGUACCUGCUGCGGUUUGUGCCCUGUUAGGAAGCCCACUGCUGAGCAGAGCUCCACAAUCUAACUGCUGCUGUCAGGGCUGUAAUGUGCAACACUGCAAGGGCGGUGCAGCUUGCACACCACAAGCAGCAUCUCCUUGCUUGCUUCCUUGACCCACUUGCAAUCUUCCCCUUAAGCUCCUCCACUCUUCCAGUGGGUGGGAGCUCUCACACACAACUAGUACCACCAAGAAUGUUGCCGCCAUUAGGAAUGAGCAAAUCUGUCAAUUUUGGUUACUCUCGGGUUCUCAUUUUCCCAUUUCAAGUUGAGUUCUCACUUUUCCACAUCCGUUUGCAAGUUAAAAAAAAGUUCUCAUGAAAAUUCACCAGUAUUGUAGUGCAGAUUUCUCUU